UUCAGGGUGUGAAAUUGAACACGAGGGCUUCAUAUAGAUGUACUGCUCUAACGAAAUCAUUUCUAUUGGACUCAUUUUAUUAAUUAGCUGUAUUCACCGCCUUUAUGGAUAUUUUAAAGAGGACAUGAGGUUUAGGUGUAAGUUACUGUUCUAACAGAAAUACAAACUGAACGGUUUUUACUUCACCAGUCCUUUUGAACGCACAUUUGAACUUGCCAUGUUUGACCAUACACCGCCGUUUAUUGCGCCAUAUGGCGUUAAUUAUGGCGUUUAUUCGUUGAUGCGGACAUGAGAUUGUCAUAUAGGUCUACUGCUCUAACGAAAUUAACAUUUUGAACAGUUCUUUCUUUACCAGUCCUUUUUAUGGACCCUUAAACUAGCAAUAUGGAACAAAACAAAAUAUGCCGCCUCCUACACCAUUAGCCCAUCUCCUCACUGUUGUUCGUAGUUUUCUCUCCACUGUAACUAUAACUAUAACUAUAACUAUAAGCAUCACGAGCCUCGCUUCAGAAGUGCUUCUGCAUGUGAAGACCUGCUCAGAUGUUUUUCCUCAGGAUGAAAAUAAGAGCGAUAAAAGGGAUGCAAGUUUCAGGAAUGUGUCGCGUCUGCAGAAGCUGUUUUAUUAGCAGCUUUUAAAGUUUCAGCUCGGCGGAAAACAUCUGUUUUUAACUAAACCGGUAAUAAUCCGGCGACGGCGGCUCGCACGCGACUGCACCGGUGAAAGCCGUCAGACCCAGCGCUUUAAAUCUCUAACUAUCGAUGUUAUGUGUUCAGUUUUAUUUAAGGAAACGUAACACUGUAGUAAUGCAAAGUUUGACUCUUUAUUAUUCCUGUGGCUCGCGCGGUGGCGCGGCGCUGGGCGUGGCUUCCACGGAUCUGACCAAUAGUGGCGCUGAGCGCGAGUGAUUGACAGCAGAGCGGCGGAGGGCAGGUAUAAAGUCACCUGUGCGCGCUCAGUGAUGGGAGAGAGGCAUCACGGGAGAGGUCAGAGGUCAUGAUGUCUGCGGUGAGGCUGCUGUCUGCGCUCCUUCUGCUGCUGCCAUGUGCUGCUUCAGUCAGUAUCGACUCCAACAAGGCGAAUGAAUUCCUGUCCAGUUCUCGGCCGAGACGCAGCGCUGAUCCACGCUGGCACAGGCAAAGUCCAGACUUCCAGGCGUAUUACAGAUACUACAGCAGCAUCGGACACACCGAGGGCCUGUACGAGAUCGACCGGAUCCGCAUGCUGUACCAGCAGAUGAGGCACCUGGAGCAGGUCUACGGCCCCAACGCCUCGUACUACCAGAGCAAGCUAGGGGUUCCGGUUCUGCCUCCGCUUCCCAAAUGUGACCCAGCCAAAGACAAGAACUGCAAGCCGGCUCCGCCCCCAGCCGCCGUCAAAGCCCCCGUGGCUCCGCCCACCACGCAGGCUGACGUCGUCUAUCUGUGCAACAGCAAAGACCCGCAGUGCAAGCCGCACAUCGUGUACAUGCCGCGCGGAGCCGUGCCGGUGCUGUGUGACCCGCGAUAUCACCCCACCUGCAAGCUGCAAGGCCCCGCCCCCAACCCCGCCCCCUCCAAGAAAUCCGAUCCGGCCCCGCCCCCUCCACCGGCCCCCAUCGUCUUCAAGGGAAUGGAGUACGACUGCGACCCGUACUGGGACCCGGACUGCCUGAUCGAUCAGCCGCCGCGGGCCGUGAAGGGUAAAGCUCCGCCGCCGGUGCUGGAGGACGACCAGCCGGAGCUGGAGCCGGAGCCGGUGCCGGUGCCAGUGAAGGUGAAACUCCCACACCCGUAUCACGGCCGCCUUUAUCCCUACAACUACCGCUCCGAACUCUACGACCCGCUCCGACACGCGUACCCCGCGGCCGAGACGCCGGACAGCGCCUAGCGUCCCUCGCUUCACUGCUUCAUUCACUGUGUUUGAUGUAAAGCUGAAUAAAGUAUGGAGUGGUUUUCACUGCUGUGAGUGUGUCUUACUGUCGGAGAUGAGGGUCUGUAUUACUGACUGUUACCUAACGGCUAGCUAUCACGUGUGCCUUAAUAACCAAUCACGUUACAGCCUUGACAUCACUGAACUUCAGUCAGAGUUGUGCGACACUUCGUCGCCGUUCACGGAUACCACAGGAAUGAAUGAGAAGUGCCAACUGUGGCAAAAAUCUGUGACUUCUCUUAUAAAACAGCACGGUAAAGUCUAAAAAUAGUUCAAUCAAAAACUAUUGUUUAGUGUAAAACAUGUUGAAGAUUAGCAGAUAGGUUAUUAAAUGAGCCGUUUCCUCUAAAAAGCUGUUUAUUCAGCGUAGUGAAGCAUCUCCUGCGUCGAAUAAAGCCUCCGGUCUUCUUUCCGUUAGCAUUAGCUGCUACGCUGCAGGAAGCAGACGCUCGUGAAGGCCAUUAAACCAGCAGGUCACAGCUUCAUUAGCUGGAGCUUCACAGCUGUUAGCGUUUACCGUUCUGCAGCGUAAGCAACACAUACACACACA